GCAGAGCGCUCGCCCGGUGGCGGACCUGCUUCCCAGCGGCUGGUGUCAGUGUUUGGUGGUCCAGUGGCGCUUGCCACUGCGUCUCCUGUGCGCUCCUCUUGUCUCAGGGUCCACACAGGACUCCUACUCUACCUGUACUGGUGGAGGCAAGUUACACCAAACAAAGAAUUCAGGAACAGAGCAUCUCUGGAAGCCCUCUCAGUAUGUGACCAGGUGCCCACGGAGUGCACAAGGCUUCUGUGAAGGUCACCUUCAGUGCACAGAGCGAGUUACCUUGGGAAAUCUCUCAGCUACAAAGCUUCAUGAAACUGCUUUCACUUUGGAACGUGGAAUUUGGAGCGACCUAAAUCUGUGUUGCGGGACCAUGGUCACUCAGAUGGCUCCAGAAGAAGCAUUUGUUAUUUGAGGGGCAGCUACUACAGUCUUGCGUGUAGCACAGCUACCUAGGGACAGAUGAGCAGUGAUGUGCGCGUCCACUCCUGGCCUUGCUCCUACUACCUGAACCUUGAGAAGCAAUGGGUUCCUGGGAAGCUGACUCUGACACCUCGGUCACUGAAGUUCAGUGCGGACAGAACUGAAGAGGUCCUUGUGGGCCUGCCUCUCUCCAGUAUCACUGAGAUCAGGAAGGAGUCUUCUCUCUUUAUCUUCAGUGCCAUCACAGUCCUGGAGAAGGGCCAGGCCAAACACUGGUUCAGUUCACUGCGGCCCAGUCGCAAUGUUGUCUUCAACAUCAUCGAGCACUUCUGGAGGGAGCUGCUACUGUCCCAGCCAGGCACUGCUGCCAGGACAGCCUCCCCCAUGACCAGGGGGCAGGAGCUGUUGGGACUGAUGGCUAGUUCCCAGAGACGCAUGGAAGACACAUCAAAGGUCCUUCAUCACCAGGGCGAGCAGCUGGACAGCGUCAUGAGGGGCCUGGAGAAGAUGGAGUCAGAUCUAGAUGUGGCUGACAGAUUGCUGACAGAAUUGGAGUCUCCUUCCUGGUGGCCUUUUAGCUCUAAGCUUUGGAAGACGCCGGCAGAAGCCAAACCCAAGGAAGGUGUCUCUGCAGCCGCUUGUGAGCCCUUUGGAAAGGAAGGGGUAGUGAUCAGAGUCCCUGCUAUUGUUUCUCAGAGAACAGAGUCUCAUGCCAAGCCAGGAAAGCUCACUGUCCUGGUCUCUGCUUUGGAAAUCCACGACUCCAGUUCAUCGCUCCUGCACAGGUUUGAGAGGGAAGAUGUGGAUGAUAUCAAGGUUCACUCUCCUUAUGAGGUCAGCAUACGCCAGCGGUUCAUCGGGAAGCCAGACGUGGCUUACCGGCUGAUAUCUGCCAAGAUGCCAGAGGUCAUUCCCAUUUUAGAAGUGCAGUUCAGCAAGAAGAUUGAGCUCCUGGAAGAUGCCCUAGUGCUUAGGAGCUGGGCCCAGACUGCCCCUGCAGAGGGUAGCUGCUUCAUGCGUGCAGCUUCCAGACUGAUGGGCUGCACUCCGCCCCGAGAGCUGCCCAUGGGAGGCCAGGAAGGCGAGCAGCUGCAACUGCAGAGGAACUGGCCACUACUCUCUGAGGGGGAAGCCCAGGAGCUGACACAGAUCCUGAGCAAGCUGAAGGGACUGGCACUGGACACCGAGGCAGAGCUCGAGCGCCAGGAUGAAGCUCUGGACGGCAUCACCGAGGCUGUGGACCAGGCUACCCUGACUGUGGACAAGCAUAACCGGCGUAUGAGGAAGCUGCUGUAGCGGAGCAAGUUGCAGAGCGGUCCCCCUGGCAUGGUGCUCUUGAUUCUGAUGUUUCCAGGCCUGUGUCCUUUGCACUGGAAUCUGGGAAGCCAUUCGUGGUGCUGUGGAACUGUGACACCUUCCUAAGGAUGGGCCACCAAGAGGAGCCAUGGCAUGCAUGAGUAUGAUGUGUUUUCCAGGUGCCCUUAGCAUGUGGGCCAAGUCCUGUUCAGGUAAGGAUGGCCACCACGGCGUAGCCAUCCUCCCUGUACUCUCUGAGACCCCAGUUUUAUGCUGUUGUUAUGGGACUGUGACCCAGGUUGCCGUGCACAAAUCACAUCAUAUUAUCAUCGUUUCAGCUGAACAGUAAAGAAAAUGCCAGUCAUUCUGAGGGAUGAGUACUUGGUCUAACUCUGCUGUUCACUUGCCACAGGCAUUGAUUCCCCUUUAAGAUGCUGCUGUAGCGGGGCUGAAGAGAUGGCUCAGUGGUUAAGAGCAUUGCCUGCUCUUCCAACAGUCCUGAGUUCAGUUCCUGGCAACCACAUGGUGGCUCACAACCAUCUGUAAUGAGGUCUGGUGCCCUCUUCUGGCCUGCAGACAUACAUACAAGACAGAGUAUUGUAUAUAUAAUAAAUAAAUAAAUGUUAAAAAAAAAAAAAAAAAGAUGCUGCUAUAGCCCCUGCCACCUUAUCCUGGUCGUCAGUUAGUGUUCUGUAGAGGAACAAAUCUAGUAGCCUCGGUGUAUGUAUUGCUUACGUCAUAGGGCUGAGUCCAAGCACAGCCAUGUGCACCCUGGAGAGUCAGAGAACACCAUAGCUGCCCAGGCCAAGACUCCAGACCCUCCAACAGCCCCAGCUCUGAAGGCCUGGAAGCUCCUGGAACACUGGUCUUCAUUCUGCAUUUAUAGGUCAAAGAUAAUGGGAGCCGGGCACUCUCAGAGAGAGGGCCCACACACUUAGCACACACUGCUUCCUCCACCACCCCUUUAGGCUGCCCACAGUCAAGUCAAUCCCCUUUUUCCUAGUCCCUGUCCCUCUGGAAGCAUACACACCCCAUUCCCAGACACACAGGCAUGUCUCACCACUCCUAGACAGCUCUUAAUCUAGUAAAUUGAUGACCACGACCAGACAUGCUGCUGGCCUUGCCCUUGCAGACAGCCCGCCCCCAGCGCAGUGCCUCCGCAGCAGAUGCCUCUGCUUCUAGGGAAACAGACACAGUGCUGAUCCCCAGGCUACUCAGAAAUGUGCCUAGGUGCCUGCUAAGAGGGCCCAAGCUAUGCCCUAUUGUUUGCCUUUGCUGGUCUUGUGUGUUUUCAGUGCGGGUUCUCAUGUCUCUGCUAGGAGCUACUUCCACAAGCCCCUUCCCAGUGGACUCUGGGCUUGUUUAUUUGUGCAGGGGAGGAGGGUGGGUUUUGUUUUGUUUUGUUUUUUUGAGACAGGUUCUCAUUCUAGUCCAAGCUGGCUUCAGACUUACCACAGUCCUCCUGUCUCAGCCUUCCAAGUGCUAGGAUUAUGGGUAUGUGCUCCCUUACCUGGCCCCGUCACAAGGUCACUGGUGUAUGGGGAUGUCUGUUUGAUUCCCAGCACCCAUGUCAUGGCUGACAAAUCUCCUGUAAUUCCAGGUCCAAGUGAUCUGGUGCCCUCUUUUGACUUCCAUGGGCACCAGGCACACACAUGGUAAACAGACAUAUAUUUAAGCAAAACAUUAAUACACAAAAAAUAAAAAUAAAUACAAUUUAAAAAAAAAAAAAGGUAGAGUUCAGAGGGUGGGUGUGUGGAGACCUGUGGCUUUCACAAGAGGUUUUCUCCUGGGGUUCCACACCAGUGUACAUCCACACGUUUCGAAUGGAAAGAGAGAGCACCACCCAGUAGCUCCUAAGAUGUGUUCGAACAUUCUGAGAAACUCAUUUCUGAACAAGUUGUUGGAAUUUGUGUGGUCUGUAAGUUGAGGUACUGCCCAAACCCAGGGCCAGAAGGGACCUCCGUGAAGACCGGGGGCAGGCUUGCCUGGUGUCCCUAGCACAGACUGAGUGACGAGGAGCGCACUGGGAGGCACCCACAUGUUCUUAAGUUCCAGGAAUGUGCUCAAAGCUUGAUUCUGUUGGGGAGGUUCUGCAGGCUGCGCUCCCCUGUGUCCCUGUGUCCUACUCCUCAGUGUAGUCUACAGAGUCUGGUUGUCUGGUUCCUCUUCCUCCAGCUAGGCACCACAUCCUAAUAAACUCUCCAAAUAAACUUUUCCUCAGCCCUUUUGAGCAGAAAAGCCACAGGUUGCUCGUUCUUGACCCAGAGGCACUUCUCAGCCUCCCCACACGGGGAUUCUGGACAGACUGACAAGGUGUGGGGUAGGAAGACUGAGUGGUUAGGUUCUGUGGGGGAGUGUUGGGGUGACUGUUCCAGGGAGGCCUCCCAGGAUUCACAGGAAACUGCUUUGGAGGCACAGUGUGCAGAACCCCCAGUG